AUGGCUGGCGAACCGUACUCCAAUUUUGCUGUCCCUGGCCCUUCGUACGGCUCAAAAUUAAGCGAUGAAGCAAGCAUGUUUUUUAUUUCGCUUGUGGAGCAUUUCCCAGCGCUUUGGGACAUGACGAUGAGCGAGUACGCCAACAACGCUUUGAAAGGCGCGUUGUGGCGACAAAUCGCCGACGAGAUGGAGGACCGCUACCCUGAAUGCGGCCCGUACGUCCCCGAUACGCUGAAGACAUUCUUCAAUAACAAAAGGAGGACCUACCGUGCAGAGAAAAAAAAACUGGAGUCAUCGAAAAGCGGCCAAGCUUCCAGCGAUUCCUACAAGGGCAAAUGGAAGUUCUUCCAUUGUCUGAACUUCCUAGAUGCUGCCAAGCCGACAGGGACAAGGACCUUCAGCGAGGCUUUUGAGGUGGCAGAGCCAGAGGCGGACAGGGCAGGUCAACCUUCUUGAAGCCCACGAAGGCUGGCAUAACUUGCUCUGUGCAUAGAUAAAAUUAAUUUGCAUGCAACUUUUAAUUACAGCAAAACGCUGAGCAAAGUGCGGACCAGGAUGCCGACCCGGACGCCAACAUCGAGUAUGCGCCA